GCAUUGCUUGCCACUGCCAGAACAGUGCCACCUUCAAAACACAUUACAUUACUCAAAAAUUAUUACAUUUCUUUCUCUCUCUUCAUCUCCACUUCACCCUAAACCAUUCCAUUACCAACCACCUCUCUCUCUCUCUCUCAUAUGACAUGAUUCAUCUCUGAAUAGCCACACAGUAAUGAUGGUCACGUCUCACCUUCCGUCACCCAUUUCUUGAACGAAACUCUACUCCACCAAAAUCUUCCCUUUUUUUUUUCUUUUCUUUUUGGUGUAGAAUAGCAUUAAUAAAAAUAUCAUUUUUAUUAUUGUUAUUAAAAGGGAAAGAAUCAAAUAUGACGGAAGUGCUUCAGUUGCCUUCAUCCUCAAGCUGUUCAUGUGGUGGUCUCACACCCAAUGAUGGGUCGCACCCAAGUCCCCUUAUUAACGCUCCCACUGUGGAGCAACAACAAGGGGUGGCAGAGGAAGAAGAAGAAGAAGAAGAAGAAGAAGAAGAGGAAGAAAAAGAAAGGGAGAGAGAGAGGGAUCAGCUUUCCCUUUUGACCCUUUUGAUUGAUACUUUCAGGAAGUCUUUGAUUGGUUGCAGCACCACCACGCCCGGUGACUUAUCUUCUUCUUCUUCUAUGGAGAUUGGGUGGCCUUCCAAUGUCAGACACGUGGCACAUGUUACCUUCGAUCGAUUCCAUGGCUUUCUUGGUUUGCCUGUUGAGUUUGAACCUGAUGUUCCCAGGAGGCCUCCCAGUGCCAGUGCAAAUGUUUUUGGAGUUUCAACAGAAUCUAUGCAGCUUUCUUUUGAUGCCAGAGGAAAUAGUGUACCUACAAUACUGCUCUUAAUGCAAAGACAUUUGUAUGCACAAGGAGGUCUGCAGGCUGAAGGAAUCUUCAGAAUUAAUGCUGAAAAUGGUCAAGAGGAGUUUGUGAGGGAACAAUUAAACAGAGGAGUAGUACCAAAUGGCAUUGAUGUGCACUGCUUAGCGGGUCUUAUAAAGGCUUGGUUCAGAGAACUACCAACUGGGGUAUUGGACCCUCUUUCACCAGAGCAGGUGAUGCAAUCCCAGUCAGAAGAAGAAUGUACUCAGCUUGUGAGGCUUCUUCCUCCAACAGAAGCUGCUUUGCUAGAUUGGGCAAUAAACUUGAUGGCAGAUGUUGCUCAAAUGGAAAACUUGAACAAGAUGAAUGCGCGUAAUAUUGCUAUGGUUUUUGCACCAAAUAUGACUCAAAUGGCAGAUCCUUUGACUGCGUUGAUGUAUGCAGUACAAGUCAUGAAUUUUCUCAAGACUCUUGUUGUGAAGACACUGAGAGAAAGAGAGGAAUCUAUUGUAAAGUCAAAUCCUGUUCCCAACCUUAACUCUUUUGACGAUGACGGCCACCAUAGCAAUUCAGAGAUGCUUCACCAGGACGACAGUGAAAAUGGAAAUGAUUGUAAUGAUGAUAAUGAGGACACAGUAUUUGUCACUGCAGAGCCUUCUCAACAAAGCCCUAGUCAUCUUACUGAAGAUGGCUGUGAAACUGAAUCGAAAACUUUGCCAAAAUCCACUGAAAAUUUUAUUUCUAGUGGAAAUAGGUUGCUGCUUGACAGUUGUCCUUGCAAUCUCGUAUCUCAAAUUUGCUCUUUAGCAAUUGGACUUCAAGACUGCAGCCUCGCUACCACGCCGACAAAGGGGGUUCAAGCAAGAAUUUGCCGGAGCAAAAGCCUUCAGUUGAGUACUUAUGAUACUGACAAGUGUUCUAGAAAGGUGAUCGAGCUUCCAGUAGUAGGAGCUGCAGAGAAGAACCGAGGAACUGCAAUUAUUGGGCGUAUAAAUUCGAGAACCGAGUUGGCUGAAGCUUGGCGUUGAAUGGCAUCUGAUCCAUUUAUCUUUGCUGCCAGGGGGACAGAAUGACAGAAGAAAUCUAGUACUCCCAUGAUGUGUGAUUUCAGCAAAUAUGGAUCCCUUGUGAGUUGCAUAAUUGCUGAUUUCAUAAGGGAGUGCAUCCAUGUUGUGGGAGCACUCUCAUAUGGUCCUUUUGGGAAGGAAAGGGAAUGGAAAGGACAAGGUGUAAAGGGGUGGUCUCCAUUUGUUUCCACGUUUCGAAAUGCUCAAUACUUGUGUUGGUGUGUGUUUUUCUGUUGUUGUUUCUGGGUGAGUUUCUUAACCAUGUUUCCUACUUCUAUUCUAAGUCAUUAACCAUGCAGACUGCUAACGUUUUUCUUUUUGUUUCUCAAGUAUAGAGUUUAACAAAUUCAAUAUUGUUUGUAUGUUUUUUGUAACGCAUUUUUGUAUGGAAGACUGGCCUUUAAACGCUGUGUGGAUAUUUAAGGAAGACUGAAAUGGUUUGAACAGAUGAAUUAAUAUGGAGUGGAAUAGAAUAAGGUUAUCAUUUUAA